UAUCUGGGAGAUUCGUAAAAUGCCCGAGAGAGAAGAGUUAAGUUAACAGACUUCCUGGAUGUAUGGAGCAUUAAUUUUCGUUCACAAUUGUCGUUCACAAUGGGCUUCAAUCGCACCUGUGUCAAAGCCGCCCUGGCUCUAACCGUGUUCAGCUGGGCAAAUGUUGCUCAAGCUGUGAACUACUUUAUCACCUUCGGAGACUCCUACAGCCAGACAGGCUUCGACGUUUCAUCGACAAAGCCGUCUGCCUCCAAUCCCCUCGGAAACCCAGCGUUCCCCGGCUGGACCACCUCUGGAGGCGCAAACUGGAUUGGGGACCUGGUUCACGACUACAACGCCUCUCUCACCUAUUCUUUCAACUUCGCCUAUGGUGGCGCAACGGUGAAUGCAUCGCUCGUGAAGCCCUUCCAGACCACAGUAAAGAGCUUCAUCGACCAGGUGAAGCAAUUUAGGGAUAGCAUCGCGAGCAAGCCGUCCUAUGCGGCGUGGACGGCGGACAACUCGCUUUUUGGAGUCUGGUUAGGUGUAAAUGAUGUGGGAAAUUCAUACUAUUCGGCAAACGAGACGGUGCUACUAGGGCAGAUUAUGGACAGCUAUUUCGGGCAGAUCGAAACAGUCUUUGGUGCAGGAGCAAGAAACUUUGUAUUACUGAACGUGCCCCCGAUUAACAAGUCCCCCAUGAUGCUGGGACAAUCGAAGGCAGCUCAAGACACAGAAGCCGGUGUCAUCGACCAGUUCAACAAGCUUCUUGUGCAGAGGUCGGCAGAGUUCGUGGCUUCUCAUGGAGGGGCGAAGAUUGUGGUUGUUGACACUCAAGCUCCAUUUAAUACUGCUAUCAGUGCUCCAACCAAGUAUGGGAGUAAGGAUGCGACUUGCUAUAAUUCGGAUGGGAAGACUUGCUUGUGGUUUAAUGAUUAUCAUCCAGGCCAGGCUAUUCAUAAAUUGGUUGCAGAGGCGGUUGCUGGGGCGUGGAAAGGGCCUUUGUUCAAGACUGCAUAA